UUGGGUGUUCUCCUUUGAGAACUAAUUUAAGCACAAAUAAAAAAAAAAGAACCAAAAUGUUAGUAGGUAACCGAUCUGUGGAUAGAGCUCGUUUGAGGUUUCUUUAUAAUCGCGAACUAAAAAAAUAUAAGUUGUCAAACGUCAGGCAUGAGGCAUAUGUCAAUGUCAAAAAAUUUGAAUUUGAAUUUUUGUUGUUUGGCUUUGAGAUAUCGUUAUUUGUUAUGAACUGCAUUUAUUAAAUUUCAUGAAUUAUUCUCGAAACUAAAGCUCUUUAAAAUCUGCUGAUGACGUCUUGGUACUAGUUGUAAGCACUUGAAAAUUAAGAAAAUCUAAAAACCAUGUCGGUCAUUGAUAAUGUCCUCAUAGCACCUUGGGUUGGCCCGACGUGUUACAGAAACAGUUUAACUGUUGUCGUAGUUUCUUCAAAUGUUGAUAUUAUAGAAAAUAUUUCGGAAGCCUUGAUAGAAGUGCACGAUAGAGUGAACUUACGUUGGAAAUUAGCCGUUUUAAGGUGCUUCAACCUGGAAGAUAUUGCGAGGCAGUCGGAUGUAACAGGGAAAAUGGAUAUAGAUUUUGUUAUAAUAGCAAUGGAUUCGAGCCGUAUUUCGUGUAUUGAGUGGGUCAAAAAUGUGUUGGAUCAUGUUCAUCCAGAUUUGAGAAUUCGUCGAACUGUGCUAGUGAAUGCAAGUGGGCUUCCAGUAAAUGCUAUGGCCGUCAAUACAAGUGAGGUGAUAUAUUUUUGUAAAGAAAACCAGUUAGAUAUGUUAAAUGCAAAUGCUUUGAAAAAAGAUGAAACUAAGAGCUUAGCCCGAAGACUGCUGAAUUACAUUGAAGUGUCAAUUGGAAGUAAAACGGGACUACCCAAUAUAAAUGUGUAAAUCUAUGUUUAAUUGUAUAUUUAAUAAAUUUUUAACGUUUA